AUGAUGAAAUGUGGUUAUCUACUUGUUUUAGCACUGACACCAACAACAGAUGCCAAUGUACAAGAAACAACGGAUCUAUCGACUUGUCAUGGCUUGUUGAUACAGGCUCACAAAACAUUUGAUCUUUUCACGGCUCGAUUAAAUGACAUCUGUGCCAAUUGGAAAACGUUACCUAUUUCUAGUUGGAUUCAUUUAUUUCCUGACGUAAAUUUUAUUGAUUACGAUUUACGCAUUCUUGAACCAUUACUUGAUGCUGCAGUUACUCCGAUUUUAAAACAAAUUCUCGAUUUUUGGAAAGGUCGAGAGAAUCUUAUUUUUAUUUGCCAAGGUAUUGUUAGCUUAUUAACAUACCUCGAAGUACCGAUUGACCAUGAAACACGUCUGUUAUUCAACAGUAUAGAAGAACUUGAUGAAACAAUAACAGGUGAUGAUUUUUACAAAGUGCGUGAAAAUUUUUCCAAAAAUUAUUCGAAUAAAUAUUUGCUUCAAGUACUCAAUCUCAUUGGUCAAUACAAAACAUCGGAUGAGCUCAUCACAUUUCUUCACAAACUAGCUGCGACUGAUGUUGACAAUUUACUUGAAGCAGUCAAUGAUUGGGAUGAAACAUUAAUCAGUACAAAGACCGUACUUGAUCUCGUACUAAUAAAAAACUUUCUUGAUCGAGUCUAUGCUAACAUCAAGUUGGUACGAAAAGAACAACCGGUACAAGAUGAAAUUCAUCGAAUAAUAUUAUGUUUUGAAGAGGUACAAAAAGAUGAUGAAUUUAAAAGUAUAAUUCAAUGUUUCGAAUCGUGCUCGAAAUCACUAACUAGUAUAAAACGUGUUUAUAUGGAUCUGACAAACAAGGAACAAUCAAAACGACGACGUAUAUUUGAUAUUGUGCAAAACGUCUGUUUCGGUUUUGUACAACUACCAGUGAAUAUACAUGGCCGUAUUGAACAUCGGUUUGAUGUUUUUAUCAAAGAACAAGCAAUGCACUAUGCUGAUUUGAGUGAACUCUGUGAUCGUACUCGUCUCAUCGAAUAUUCUAGUAAUAGCACGAACAAAAUGAGGAAAGAUUCGGAACAAGAAAUUCGUGAACUUCGAUUAUUUGUCGGUAUGGUCGCUGUUAUCGAGACAAUCUUGACAAAUUUAACAUCAUUGAACAUGACUGGUCAUCCAUUUGUACUCGAUUAUCUUUCACCUAAGACUGAAUUUACUUGUAUUGCUGGUAAUUAUCAGAAAUUAUCGGAAUUCGGUUCAUCCCUUGAAAUUUUGCUUACCGAUUGGGAAAAGACUUUAUGUGCUAUGUAUCAACAAAAUAUCGAUUUGACUUAUUUUGCAAAUCAACAAAUUUGGAUGGUUGAAGAUUAUUUAUAUAAUCAAGCGUCUGCUUCAGAUGAUCAUCUUGGAUAUCAUUUACUCAAUUUCAUUGGUAUUGAACCAAGACAGAUUGAAACAAAGUUUUUGAUGAAAAGAAGCGAACAGCCCAAUGAACGUCUCAAAAAUAUUGCUCGAAUACUCAGUGCUCAAAGAGCAAAGUAUACCACAGAACCUCAAGUUAAAAAUUUAUCGUUAAACAAGAUUUUAGUCGUUCAAACAUCAUAUGAAGGUAUCUUACGUGGUAUACUUUCUCUAUUCAAAUUAACCAAAGUACAACCUCAAGUUCAUCAUAUAUUCUACUGUUCGGAUACAAGAAGUUGGGCUGAAAUGCGUGCAUUUGCUUAUCGUUGUUUCUAUUCACAAGAAACUUUACAUCAGUUAAUUCGACCUGAACUCUUACCCGCAUUGGUUCAAGAUCAAUUCACAAGAUUUUUAUAUAAAUUAGUCAAACAAGAACCGAAACGUCUCUUUCGUUUAGGUAUUGUCACAACAGCAUUGACUGCUCAUUUACAAUUAGUAAACGGUUUGAAAGCAUUACAAAUUGUUAGCACAAUUCAGGAUCAUGAUUUGCUUGAUAAAAUCGCACUACACGAAAUGAUUAAAGAACUCGUAAAGGAAAAUAGUACUUUGGUCACAUCAAGUAUAGCGGGUCUCGGCAAGUCAACAUAUAUACGCGAUGAAAUUCGACGCAAUCAGAAACUUGAUAUCAAGUUUUCUAUCAACGGAAAUAUUAACGUUGAUACAUUAGCUGAACGACUACGGGUCAUCGGAAAUAUCAAUGUUGAAACAUUAGCUAAACGAUUACUGGCCAUCGGAAAUAUCAAUGCUGAUACAUUAGCUGAACAACUACAGGCCAUCGGAAAUGUCAAUGCUGAUGCAAUAGCUGAACGACUACGGGCCAUCGAAAAUAUCAAUGCUGAUACAUUAGCUGAACUACUACGGACCAUCGAAAUAAAAAUAACAUCAGCCGAUGCAGCUCUUCAUAUAGAUAUUGGAGUCGUCGAUAAUAUUCAACAACUAAAUGAACUUCUGUAUUGUCUAUUACUUUUUCGUAGAUUUCGUUUGGGUCAAGAAGCAGUUUAUUUACCAGCUAAUAUACCGAUUUAUAUUGAACUCGAUUCAUCACCACAUUCACUCACUGCACAUGCUAAGAUUAUUGUAUUUCAAUUUUUACCAUGUUAUUAUAUUGAAACUAUGAAUCUGGCUCAGUUAAAAGUAGAAAAUAUGGCACCACUUCAAUUAGUUGCUAAUUACCUUCAGGCGAUUGACGAUGAAACAAUCAUUAAAAACAACAUUAGCAAAGGAAAUCUAACUCAAUUGGAUGCAAGCAAAUAUAUAGCACUCUUACAAAAACAUUUCCUCAAGGAAAAAAACAAAGAUUACGUCACUUGGACACAAUUAUCGAUAUUUAUUUCUGUAUACGAAAGUUUAUUCGAUGGAUUUUCUCAAUGUGGUCACUUUAUUGUUGAAAUGAUGCGAGAAGUAAACAAUACUCAGCUGCGCAUUAACAUAUUACAAACUCUUCUUCAAUCAUCGGAUCAAUUUACAUCAUUAUCAGUUAAAUCUGUUCGUAAAAAUCAACGAUCAACAGACGAAGAUCCAGCCACAUUUAGCGAUGCCAUUGUACGAUGGGAUAAAUCACAACCAUUUACUGUUGUUUUUAGUGAUUCGCACGAUCCAUUAUUUGUUUACAAAACUGUCGAUAGUGUCUCACAAUCUCUCAAAAACGAAUUCAAUACAUUCAAUGAAGUACUGAAACGGAACGGAUUACCACAACAAAAUCUACUACCUGAUUAUAGUAAAUUAACACAUGCAGAAUUCUUUGUUAAACUUGCUUCACUAUCGAAGAAAUACUACAGCAAAUCGAUCUGUCCAAAUUGUUUUACUCAGUUUGAAAAUAAUAUUCCUAAAUGUACGAAUUGUCCGACCAAUGAUGUUUUAUGCCAUCCACAUAAAGCCAAAAGCGGAGAUGUAGACAAAAUUAUUGAAAGAAUGGGUGAAAAAAUCAAAUCGGAAUAUGUGUUGACACCUGAUAAUUAUAUUAAAAUGUUGCUAAUCUAUCUGCGUGUUCAGAGUAAUAUUCCUGUGUUAAUAAUGGGCGAAACUGGUAAGAUUUUUCUAGACACAAUGCUUUUCGAAGUGUUCAUUUUCUUUAAAUCUUAUUUUUAUCUGAUUGUAGGAUGUGGUAAAACAGCAUUGAUACAAUUCUUAUGCCAAAAGAUUCUCAGCGAUGAAUUGGCCAUAUUUCGUAUUCAUGCGGGUAUUACCAGUGAAAAAAUUAUUGAAACAAUGAAGGGCUUUAUUGCCAAAGCAAAUGAAUGUUCAAAAAUUAAUUUAAAUAAACGAUUAUGGGUAUUCUUGGAUGAAUUCAACACUACACCAAGUAUUGGUCUAUUCAAAGAAAUUACUUGCGAACGAACAUUACUAGGCAAACCGUUACCAAAGAAUUUAGUAAUAUUAGGUGCUUGUAACCCACAACGACGUAAAAAUCCGAAAGCAACUUUUGACAAUGAUAUUGGCAUUAAAAAAGAUCGAUAG